AAUCUUCAAAACCUCGCCGGAGAUUUGUCGUUCACAAGUUUAAUCCAUCCCUCGUAAAUCAUAAUAAAUGUGGUAUAGAUCGGCUUCCUUCAUCCUCGACAAGCAGCAGAACGACGACGUCGCGAGGCUUGAGAGCCGCCAAACUUCACAUCUAGCACCCGCCGCCGCCGCCGCAUCCUCCAUGGCGGAAACCCUACAUAGCAAUAACCUGAAUCCCAAUAACAUCUCGGCUUAUUACCAGACCAGAGCAGCUCACCACGGGGUCGUCACCAGCGACUGGCUCGCUCAGGCUCGAGACGCCGUCGACGGUGACCGGGACGAUGUGUUUACCAAGAGCUCGUUGAAUAAUUCCGGCGAGUCCGGGAACACUUUUAGCGUGGUUGAUGAGUUUAAUAAUUGGCGUAAACAGCCAAACUUGGCUGAGGCUGUGGCGGCGAUUAGGGCAUUGGCAUCCGUUAUUCGGUCUAGUGAAGCUACUACGAUGAUGGAGCUUGAAAUUGAGCUGAAGAAGGCCUCCGAUUCUUUAAAGUCAUGGGACACGACAUCCAUUUCGUUGAUGGCGGGCUGUGAUCUGUUUAUGCGCUAUGUCACAAGGACUUCAGCCUUGGAAUAUGAAGACUUCAAUUCAGCUAAAACUCGUCUUCUUGAGCGUGCAGAGAAAUUUGGAGAGAUAUCCUAUAAGGCUCGGAAGAUAAUCGCUGUGCUUAGUCAAGAUUUUAUUUUCGAUGGAUGUACCAUUUUGGUGCAUGGCUUUUCCAGAGUUGUGUUUGAGGUAUUGAAAACAGCAGCACAAAAUAGCAAGCGUUUUCGAGUUCUAUGCACUGAGGGGAGACCUGAUCGGACUGGAUUAAGAUUAGCAAAUGAGCUAGCCAAGCUUGAAGUUCCUGUAAAGCUCUUGAUAGACUCUGCAGUGGCAUAUAGCAUGGAUGAGGUUGAUAUGGUGUUUGUAGGGGCAGAUGGAGUGGUUGAAAGUGGAGGUAUAAUUAACUUGAUGGGAACCUAUCAGAUUGCUUUAGUAGCCAAGAGCAUGAACAAACCAGUUUAUGUUGCUGCUGAGAGCUAUAAGUUUGCUCGUCUAUAUCCGCUGGAUCAGAAAGACAUGGCUCCAGCUUUGCGCCCAAUUGACUUUGGUGUGCCCAUUCCAUCAAAGGUUGAAGUUGAAACGUCGGCUCGGGAUUAUACGCCACCUCAGUAUCUCACCCUUCUUUUCACAGAUUUAGGUGUCCUCACACCAUCUGCAGUAAGCGAUGAGCUCAUACAACUUUACUUAUAAUAACCUGUCAUGGAGAUGACUGUUUCAAGACUGUGUCCCAGUUGAUUGAAUGUGUAGCAAGCAAGUGGUCUGCAGUGAUUUUUGCUGGAUCCCCAUUGACUUAUCUUUCAUAAUAUUAACCAUGUUAUUUUUGUUAAACCCUCAAUAUUAGGGAUUACUACGAUCUUCUUAUUUAAAAAAAAGGUUACUUGAAAAUUUAUGAGAAAAAGACUAAAGUAAAAUAUUGAAAAUAUAUCAAAAUCAAAGUUCUAUGUUUUU